CUGAGCUGACAGGUUUCUUCACAGCACAAACACACACUGUUCAGAUCAGAGCUCAGACUAGUUUCAGUUAUCAGGAAGUGAAGCUCAGACAGUCGUUGUCACUAAGAGGUGAAAUGGCGCAGAAAGCAGUUCAGCUGGACCGAGAGACUUUCUCUUGUCCGAUCUGUUUGGAUCUACUGAAGGAUCCGGUGACGACUCCCUGUGGACACAGCUACUGCAAGAACUGUAUUAAAGACCACUGGGACACAGAGCAUGAGAAGAGGAUCUACAGCUGCCCUCAGUGCAGGAAGAGCUUCACACCGAGGCCUGAGCUGCUGAAAAACACCAUGUUAGCAGCUUUAGUGGAGCAGCUGAAGAAGACUGGACUCCAAGCUGCUCCUGCUGAUCACUGCUAUGCUGGACCUGAAGAUGUGGCCUGUGAUUUCUGCACUGGGAGGAAACUGAGAGCAGUUAAGUCCUGUCUGGUCUGUCUGGCCUCUUACUGUGAGAAACACCUCCAGCCUCAUUAUGAAUCAUCUACAUUUAAGAAACACAAGCUGGUGGAGCCGUCAGAGAAGCUCCAGGAGAACAUCUGCUCUCGUCACGAUGAGGUGAUGAAGAUGUUCUGCCGUACUGAUCAGCAGUGUAUCUGUUAUCUCUGCUCUGUGGACGAACAUAGAGGCCACGACACAGUGUCAGCUGCAGCAGAGAGGACUGAGAGGCAGAGAGAGCUGGAGGGGAGUCGACACAACAUCCAGCAGAGAAUCCAGGACAGAGAGGAAGAUGUGAAGCUGCUUCAACAGGAGGUGGAGGCCAUCAAUGGCUCUGCUGAUAAAGCAGUGGAGCACAGUGAGAAGAUCUUCACCCAGCUGAUCCGUCUCAUGGAGAAAAGACGCUCUGAUGUGAAGCAGCAGGUCAGAUCCCAGCAGGAAACUGAAGUGAGUCGAGUCAAAGAGCUUCAGGAGAAGCUGGAGCAGGAGAUCACUGAGCUGAAGAGGAAAGACGCUGAGCUGAAGAAGCUCUCACACACAGAGGAUCACAACCAGUUUCUACACAACUACCCCUCACUGUCAGCACUCAGUGAGUCUACACACUCAUCCAGCAUCAACAUCCGUCCUCUCAACUACUUUGAGGAUGUGACAGCAGCUGUGUCAGAGCUCAGAGACAAACUACAGGACGUCCUGAGAGACACAUGGACCAACAUCUCACUGACAGUGACUCAAGUGGAUGUUUUACUGUCACUACCAAAAAACAUGACCAGAGCUGACUUCUUAAGAUAUUCAUGUGAAAUCACACUGGAUCCAAACACAGCAAACACACAGCUGUUAUUAUCUGAGGGGAACAGAAAAGCAACAAGAAUGAGACAAAAACAAUCUUAUUCUGAUCAUCCAGACAGAUUCACUGUGUGGCAGCAGGUCCUGAGUAGAGAGAGUCUGACUGGACGUUGUUACUGGGAGGUGGAGAGGAGAGGAGAUGGAGUUGGUGUAGCAGUCGCAUACAAGAAUAUCAGCAGAGCAGGGAGGUCAGAUGACAGUUUAUUUGGAUCCAACAACAAAUCUUGGAGGUUAUUUUGUUCCACAGAUAGUUAUUACUUUUGGUACAACAGUGUCCAAACUCCCGUCUCAGGUCCUCGGUCCUCCAGAGUUGGAGUGUACCUGGAUCACAGUGCAGGUAUUCUGUCCUUCUACAGCGUCUCUGACACCAUGACUCUCCUCCACAGAGUCCAGACCACAUUCACUCAGCCGCUCUAUGCUGGACUUCAGAUCAACUGGUCUUCUGGAGACUCUGCUGAGUUUUGUGAACUCAAAUAUCGGGCUCAGUGGCCUCAGCCCAUGCCUCAGCUCCAGCCACAGCUGAGCUACCAGCCCAAACCCACACUGCAGCCACAGCCUGGCUACCAACCCAGGCCUCAGUCUCAACCCCAGUACAUGCCAGUGACCCUCAGUCGGCGGCCCGGCCGACACCUGCCAGUGGCCCCAGUCGGCGGCCCAGCCGACACCUGCCAGUGGCCCUCACUCCUGGCAAAACUCCUAUGGUCCAGCCAGCGGUCUGGUCGCAAGUGGGUCCCAGCCCAUGCCUUCACCGCCGGCCUCCAGUGGGUCCAAGCCGACGCCUUUGCUGCCGGCCUCCAGUGGGUCUCAGCCCACGCCUUCGCCGCCGGCCUCCAGGGGGUUCCAGCCUGCACCUACGCCUUCGCCUUCAUCGCCGGCCUCCACCUCCAGCGAGUUCCAGACUGCGCCUACACCUACGACUUCGUCGCCAGCCUCCAGUGCGUCUCAGCCCAUGCCACUCCUGCCGGUUUCCAGAGCCCCUUCACCGUUGUCCUUACCACAGACCUCCGGAUCACCUUUGUCCUUGCCACAGACCUACAGAUCACCUUUGUCCUCGCCACAGACCUCCAGAGUGCCUUCGUCUUUGUCGCCGGCCCCCAAAAUGCCCACGUCUUCGUUUUCGUCAUCCUGCUCCUGGCAAAACUCCUAUGGUCCGGCCAAGACCCUGGAGGGUUUCCCAGCCAGCAGUCUGGUCGCAAGUGGGUCCCAGCCCAUGCCUUCGCCGCUGGCCUCCAGUGGGUCCAAGCCAACGCCUUCGCUGCCGACCUCCAGUGGGUCUCAGCCCACGCCUUCGCUGCCGGCCUCCAGGGGGUUCCAGCCUGCACCUACGCCUUCGCCUUCAUCGCUGGCCUCCACCUCCAGCGAGUUCCAGACUGCGCCUACACCUACGACUUCGUCGCCAGCCUCCAGUGCGUCUCAGCCCAUGCCACUCCUGCCGGUUUCCAGAGCCCCUUCACUGUUGUCCUCACCACAGACCUCCGGAUCACCUUUGUCCUUGCCACAGACCUACGGAUCACCUUUGUCCUCGCCACAGACCUCCAGAGUGCCUUCGUCUUUGUCGCCGGCCCCCAAAAUGCCCACGUCUUCGUUUUCAGAAAUGUCAGCAAAGACUGUGUAGUCAAGAAACAAUUUACAACUGAAAGCUUUAUUGUUUUCAAAUGUGGAGCAAGUUACCACAUCCUCUUCUGUCUGCUUAUCUUGCUCCAUCAUUCUAACUUCAGUUAUCAGGAAGUGAAGCUCAGACAGUCGUUGUCACUGAGAGAAGAAAUGGCCCAGAAAGCAGUUCAGCUGCACCAAGAAAUAAUUUCUUGUCCGAUCUGUUUGGAUCUACUGAAGGAUCCGGUGACUACUCCCUGUGGACACAGCUACUGCAAGAACUGUAUUAAAGACCACUGGGACACAGAGCAUGAGAAGAGGAUCUACAGCUGCCCUCAGUGCAGGAAGAACUUCAUACCGAGGCCUGAGCUGCUGAAAAACACCACGUUAGCAGCUUUAGUGGAGGAGCUGAAAAAGACUGGACUCCAAGCUGCUCCUGCUGAUCACUGCUAUGCUGGACCUGAAGAUGUGGCCUGUGAUUUCUGCACUGGGAGGAAACUGAGAGCAGUUAAGUCCUGUCUGGUCUGUCUGGCCUCUUACUGUGAGAAACACCUCCAGCCUCAUUAUGAAUCAUCUACAUUUAAGAAACACAAGCUGGUGGAGCCGUCAGAGAAGCUCCAGGAGAACAUCUGCUCUCGUCACGAUGAGGUGAUGAAGAUUUUCUGCCGCACUGAUCAGCAGUGUAUCUGUAUUUUGUGCUCCAUGGACGAACAUAAAGGCCACGACACAGUGUCAGCUGCAGCAGAGAGGACUGAGAGGCAGAGAGAGCUGGAGGGGAGUCGACACAACAUCCAGCAGAGAAUCCAGGACAGAGAGGAAGAUGUGAAGCUGCUUCAACAGGAGGUGGAGGCCAUCAAUGGCUCUGCUGAUAAAGCAGUGGAGCACAGUGAGAAGAUCUUCACCCAGCUGAUCCGUCUCAUGGAGAAAAGACGCUCUGAUGUGAAGCAGCAGGUCAGAUCCCAGCAGGAAACCGAAGUGAGUCGAGUCAAAGAGCUUCAGGAGAAGCUGGAGCAGGAGAUCACUGAGCUGAAGAGGAAAGACGCUGAGCUGAAGAAGCUCUCACGCACAGAGGAUCACAACCAGUUUCUACACAACUACCCCUCACUGUCAGCACUCAGUGAGUCUACACACUCAUCCAGCAUCAACAUCCGUCCUCUCAAGUACUUUGAGGAUGUGACAGCAGCUGUGUCAGAGCUCAGAGACAAACUACAGGACGUCCUGAGAGACACAUGGACCAACAUCUCACUGACAGUGACUCAAGUGGAUGUUUUACUGUCACAACCAGAGAAGAAGACCAGAGCUGACUUCUUAAGAUAUUCAUGUGAAAUCACACUGGAUCAAAACACAGCAGAUGCAUAUCUGUUAUUAUCAGAGGGGAACAAAAAAGCAACAUAUAUGAAAGACGAACAGUCUUAUUCUGAUCACCCAGAGAGAUUCACUGGGUGUCCUCAGGUCCUGAGUAGAGAGAGUCUGACUGGACGUUGUUACUGGGAGGUGGCGAGGAGAGGAGCAGGAGUUGGUGUAGCAGUUGCAUACAAGAAUAUCAGCAGAGCAGGGAGCUCAUCUGAAUGUAGAUUUGGAUACAAUGACAAAUCUUGGAUGUUAAUUUGUUACACAUACAGUUUUAACUUUUAUCACAAGAAAGUCAAAACUCCUGUCUCAGGUCCUCGGUCCUCCAGAGUUGGAGUGUACCUGGAUCACAGUGCAGGUAUUCUGUCCUUCUACAGCGUCUCUGACACCAUGACUCUCCUCCACAGAGUCCAGACCACAUUCACUCAGCCGCUCUAUGCUGGACUUUGGUUCAACUGGCCUGGAGACUCUGCUGAGUUUUGUAAACUCAAAUAG